CCCCUCUCACAAAUGCUGCCCUUUGGCCUCCAGAUGGGGUUGGCCUGUUCAUUUGGAGGAGGGAAGAAAGUUCCCUGAUGCUGAAACACCGAAGACCUGACUCUCGAGAAGACAGGACUGAUAGGUGUGCAGGAGGAAGUCGAGAUGGAUGGCCAGAAGCCCGGCAGUGGGGCUGCUGCACUGAAAUGCCCCCAGAAGCUCUCUCACCUUUCUUCCCCAAUGCGGGCGAUCAUCCGCCUACGGAGGACAGCCCAAAUGUUGAAAAAAGGCCUCUCACCAACAGAAAGGAGGACCCUUCAGGGAGAUCCCCAAUCAAAGUUCCUUCAGCGGCAGAUCUCCUUGGGUAAAGCCAAGCUGGGUAGCACAUCUGCUUCUGUUUUGAGCCAAGCGAGCUUUGAGAAGGCACAAUAUUUUACUUUUGACACAUCUGUGCAGCCACCCCUAACAAGAUCCAUGAAACAGAAGAAGCGGAGUAAGAACCCCCGGGUGUUGUACCCAGGCAGCAGCAGGAGGUACCUGCCAACGGAGCAAAAGAGCAAAGCAAAGCGUUGCCUCCUCUUGCUUGUCGGCAUCGUUUGCUUCCAAAUAUUGAAUGCGAUUGAGAACUUGGACGAUAACCUCCUGAAGUAUGACUUGGAUGGGCUGGAGAAAACGAUGCACCGGGAAGUCUUUGGGCAGCCUCUGGCCAUCGAGAGUAUUAUAGCCUUGCUGAAAGACUACCUGUCAACCCACAUACACAACAAGCCCUUGGUGAUUUCCUUCCAUGGGCCCAGUGGGGUUGGAAAGAGCCACGUUGGCUGGUUGCUAGCCAAACACUUCCGGUCAAUCAUAGGCCACAAUUUUGUGCUCCAUUACUUUACGAUGCACCACUGCCCAGACCACGCUUCGUCUUUGGCCUGCCAGCUGGAUCUAUCCAAGAAGAUCGGUGACAUGGUAACCCAAGCUGAAAUAGAAGAGAAGAUCCCCUUCUUUAUUCUGGAUGAGGUGGAAUUUAUGUCUCUGCCCCUGUUGGAGACCCUCAGCAGAUUCUUCCAGACAAACCAAACCAAUGAGUUCCUGAAUGCCGUGUAUAUCCUAAUAAGCAAGGAGGGGGGUAAAGAGGUCACAAAUUUCCUUCUGCAGAACGUUUCCAGCAAUCUCUCACUGCCACAAAGCAAGGUGGAAGAGCUGCUGACCUCCCUCCGUCCUGUACUCAGUCAUGUCCAUCCUCUCUGGGGCUUCGUGGAGAUAGUUCCAUUUGUGUUGCUUGAGAAGAACCAUGUCCAGAACUGCUUCUAUGAGGAAAUGAUGAGCGAAGGCAUUUACCCCGACACAAACCACAUAGAGAGUUUAGCCAGUCAGCUCAGCUAUUAUGUAGAAGGAGGGCGGCAGUAUGCCGUGAUGGGCUGCAAACAGGUAGUGGCUGCAGUCAACCUGCUGUAAGAGCUGAUAGAAAUCCCAGGCCAGAGGGUGUCUCUGAUCCUGGGGGGAUGUCCUGAUCAUUCUGAUGGUUGGGUUUGUUCCCAGGU